AAGAACCAGGACCAGCUUGCUCCUUCUUCCAGAGUGCCCUCGCUCUCAGACAACUGCCAGCAGCACUCUCCGGGCUGUGCUGGCCCCAUGGCCACCGCUUCCAUGAGCCCGCCGGGCCACCAGACACGGAGCCAGGCAGGAAGGGAGGGCAGCACGCUGCCGGGUUAUCACCCCGGCGGGAUCUCGGGUUAGACGGAGGCUGUUCCCCAGGGAAGCGGAGCCCGCGGCUGCCCGGGCUGACCUUGCCGGGCGGGGGGCGAGCGCAGCGGGCAAUGCGCCUCUUGCCAGCCCGGGCGGCGGCGGAGCCGAGCGCCGAUCCCAGCCCGGGCACACACACACCGCGCUGCUGCUUCGCAGCGCUGUUCCUGCAGAUUCCUCUCUCCUCUAACGCUUCUCUUCUUUUUCUUUUCCCUUUAUAUGUAUUUUUUCCCAAACCUUUGUGGAACAGACGCCCUCUCCUUGCCCCAGUUGGAGCUGCAGUAGAAUGAAAAGGGGGGGUGGGAAGGAGGGAGGAGAGGAGGGAAAAAAAACCCUCUUUUGGUUGAGGUUUUCCUGUUACUAUCACUGUAGCGUUUAUUUAGCCAAUCUCCUAACUAUGACGUGAGGAAGGCAGGAAUCAUGGCUCGCUCAUAAUAUUUAACACACCCACUGAAAGCUGGAGCUGCAGAGCUACUAGUCCAACCAGUCUCUAGAAUUCAGUGUAGCUGAAAGAGGUUUUCACUCUGCACCUGCCAAAGAUCUCUCCCCCCUUUUCCUCCUCUCCCCCCUUCUCUCUUCCAUUCUCUCUCUCUUUAAAAGAAAGAUCUGUAAGACCCAGCAGAGAUCAAAGACCUCUUCGCUAAAAAGAACCUCUACUGAUUUAUAUUAGUUUCUUUCCUCUAAUCCUUCUUUCUCCCCCCCUUUUCUUUUUUUUUUUUUCUGUGCCAUAUUUAACCUUUAUGUUGCAGUUGUGCCAUCAGACAGUUUUGCAGCCAAAAAAAACCAACCCAAGCCAAAGCACAAGCCCAGCUCGGAUACAGCAGCCACCCAGACUCGAUCUCUGUUGAACUUACUAAUCUCUCCCAAGCACUGGACGCGAUGGAUGAAGAAACUGGAACCGCUCUAAGAAAAUGAUUUUCCAGCCAAUGUUCUUAAAGAGUCUGAGAGAAGAGAGGGAGCAAGAGCGAGCAGGGAGCGCUUCUGCUGCAUCACUGCUCAAAUCCAGGGGAAAGGAGUCAGCGUUUCCAGCACAGCCAAAUAUUAUGGAUGAUUUUUUUUCUUCUGUCGCCUUUCUGCACAGGUUUUCUUAAUAUUUUUCUUUUCCCCCUCCUCCUCCCUAUUUUUUUUUAAAUUUUAUUUAAUCAGCGCCUGUGUCUGAUGCCGGUUUCUCUCCGAGAGCCAGUUUUCCCUGUUUGUUGUGAUCUCUGUAAUAAAAAGAGGGAAAAAUCGUGAACAGAUGGCUUUCUAUAUUACCAUGCCGCUGGCAUUGUUUUCCUGUUGAUUUUAAAGGCUCGGUCCGGAGCUCCUUUUUUUUUUUUUUUAAUUUUUUUUCCCUUUUAUUUUUUUUUUCCCUCCCCCUCCCAAGUUCUUGAUGAUACUGAGACAUGAGGACCUAUCGGGUUUAGCCUGUUUAUUUCCCGGCGCCUAUGGAGGUAACUUUAUUGACUUGAUCGCUCGCUUCCCGACCCGAGAGGAGCACGCCGGAGCCCCGGGGGGGGCCCGGCAGCCCCGCGCCCGCCCGGGCUCUGUCCGCCGCCUCCCCUCCCUCCCCCGGUAAUUCAUCAGCCGCCCCGGCCAUGAAAAUGCUCCUGGUCCGCAAGUUCCGGGUGCUGAUCCUGAUGGUGUUCCUCGUCGCCUGCACCAUGCACAUCAUGAUCGACCUGCUGCCGCGCCUGGAGCGCCGGGGCCCCGAGGGCCGCCCGGGCUGCUCCUGCCCGCCGCCCGCCGCCGCGCCGCCCCGCGCCGCCGCCGCGCCGCGCUGGCCCAGCAAGCACACGCUGCGGAUCCUGCAGGACUUCAGCGCCGAGCCGGCCUCCAACCUCUCGUCGCAGUCGCGGGAGGCGGCGGAGCGGGCGGCGGGCGGCGGCGGCGGCGCGGGCGGCGGGGGCGCGGCGGCGGCGGGGAGGGCGCGGCGCUUGAUCGGCCCCGGGGCGCCGCGCCCGCCGCCCCCCGCCAGCAACGCCGCCCCGCUGGCCGCGCUCUUCGAGCACCCGCUGUACCGCGCCGCCCUGCCCCCGCUGGCCGACGGCGACCUCCUCUUCAAUGUCAACAGCGACAUCAGGUUCAACCCGCGGGCGGCCGAGCAGCCCGAGUGGCAAAAUGAAGAUCAUCAUGAAGAAUUUUUGCCAACUGGAGAGACCUCCAUAGACUCCUACCCAAACUGGUUAAAAUUCCACAUUGGCAUUAAUCGGUACGAGCUGUAUUCCAGACAUAAUCCUGCAAUUGAGGCUUUACUACAAGACCUUGUCUCCCAAAAGAUAACCAGUGUUGCAAUGAAAUCAGGAGGCACCCAGCUGAAGCUGAUCAUGACAUUCCAGAACUAUGGACAAGCAUUGUUUAAACCAAUGAAGCAAACCAGAGAACAAGAAACCCCGCCUGACUUUUUUUACUUCUCAGACUAUGAGAGACAUAAUGCAGAAAUAGCAGCAUUUCACCUCGACAGGAUCCUGGAUUUCCGGCGCGUGCCCCCGGUCGCAGGCAGACUGGUUAACAUGACGAGGGAAAUACGAGAUGUUACUCGUGACAAGAAGCUGUGGAGAACAUUUUUCAUCUCACCAGCCAACAACAUCUGCUUCUAUGGGGAGUGCUCCUACUACUGCUCAACAGAGCACGCCCUGUGUGGGAAACCAGAUCAGAUCGAAGGGUCCCUGGCUGCUUUCCUGCCUGACUUGUCAUUAGCCAAAAGGAAAACCUGGAGAAACCCUUGGAGGCGUUCCUACCACAAGCGCAAGAAAGCAGAAUGGGAAGUUGAUCCAGAUUAUUGUGAAGAGGUUAAACAAACACCACCGUAUGACAGUGGGACCAGAAUUCUGGAUAUAAUGGAUAUGACAGUUUUUGAUUUCCUAAUGGGUAACAUGGAUCGACAUCACUAUGAAACCUUUGAGAAGUUUGGAAAUGAAACUUUUAUUAUCCAUUUAGAUAAUGGAAGAGGGUUUGGAAAAUAUUCCCAUGAUGAACUUUCCAUUUUGGUGCCUUUAAACCAGUGCUGCAGAAUCAGGAAGUCUACCUAUCUGCGAUUACAGCUGCUAGCCAAGGAGGAGUACAAACUCAGUCUCCUGAUGAAAGAAUCUUUGCUAAAAGACAAAAUAGCUCCAAUCCUCUACCAGCCUCACUUGGAGGCGAUGGACAGGCGGCUGCGGAUUGUGCUCAAGGCUGUCAGUGACUGCAUAGAGAAGGAUGGUUAUGACAACGUGGUUGAAAAUGACUUUAACACGGAUGUUAACACUGUUACAACUGAGAGGUAGUGAAAUGGCAAGACUACGUUUGUACCAGCCGAGUCAAGAAGAUUCAAAGAAGGAAAAGAAACAAAACAGCAACAAAAA